AUGGAAGAUAAUAACGACUCAUAUAGUAGCUCACUCCCACCAUCUGGCCGUUCGACUCAAUCCCAGGCUGCGUCCCCUGUUCCCUUGAUCAACACCAACUUGAAUGAUCCUGACGCAUAUGUUGAGAAGUUGCAACGGAACUGGGCUAAGGGUCCUCAUUUGGAGUUUUUGAAUAGCCAACUCCCACUGUAUUCUGCAUCUCCGAGUCUCUCUGAAGGCUCCGCAAAAGCUUCAGAACAGCUCGAUUCAGUAAUCAAUGGCUACUUUCAGUGUUUUCCCUGGAGACUGAAGGUAACAGACAAUCCCAACAUGCCAUAUAAUCCUCUCAUACAUCCACCAAUUGAUCUGGUCUGUGAAAUUGAGAUCAAGCAAAAACAGCACAAAAGUAUACACGCAUGGCUGGAUUACCAAACCAGGAAAACGCAGAAAUUCAAAAGACGUGCAAAACCUGAGAACGACGAGUGGGCCUGGUACUUAGCACUGCAGCUCUCUGGUUUAUCAAAAACCAAGCCAAAAGCUCUUCAACCCCACCAACGCUCAGGCUGGUCCAAAGACCACUUUGAUGACAUCGUCAAGAAGGACUUCCACAAGCAGUGGAAGAAAGCUGGUCUCCCAUCGAAGAAUCUUGCAACAUUUCAUGACUCAAUCACAUGA